AAUACACUGUUGUUCCAUGAGCAUAAUAAUCCGUUCCGGUUAAGUACAGUUCAAACUAUUUUCGAUUACUUAUCAUGUUGAAAACACAUAUACGUACCGAAAAUUUUGGCGGCGCUUAGAUGUAGAUAGGUCAGAUUGGACCGGCUGCGUCAAACAUUGGCAGCUUAAGAGAAGCGAGUGUAGUUUUACUGGCGCUCAAUGACGUCUAUUAGUCAGAGCAGAUGUUUCAUCUCCUGUACUUCUCUCAGGGUGAAGCAUCGUAUUUCCCAACCUUUUCGGACAAAUUUUAGGUUUGAAUUUUUUUUUCGGACGCAUCCUAAGCCCAUAAGCAUCACCCCAGCUGCUUUAAGAAGAGAAAGUGACGUUGCGAGGGAGUUUCAAGAGAGCAUGGGCUACUGGCUGCUGAAGACGGAGCCAGGAGAGUGGGGAUGGGCAGAUCAGGAAAAGAACGGGGGGAUCUCGAAUUGGGAUGGCGUGCGCAAUGCCCUGGCGCAGAAGCAUCUUCGGAGCAUGCAGCUAGGGGAUCACGCCUUUUUCUAUCACUCAGGUAAAGGUCCUUCCGUAGUUGGGGUGGUGGAGGUCGUGAAGGUCGCAUACCCGGACAAUACCGACGAGAGUGGCAAGAGCUGUAUGGUGGAUGUGCGUGCACUCGCUGCCUUGCCCAAGCCUGUUCCAUUGUCUGCAAUCAAGAAUGUUGAAGAGUUGCGGGAUUGGAUAUUGUUGCGCCAGUCACGCCUCUCGGUCAUGCCUGUAUCGCCGGAUGAAUGGCAGCGAGUGUGCGAAUUGGGUAAUCUUUCGCCACCCCCAUGUCUUGUCUCUGGUGUCAACGGAUCCGUUUCCAACACCCAGCCAGCAGAGCCCAAGAAAGCGAAUCCAAAAAGGAGAAGCGGAGUCGAAGAGAAGGGAGAUGCGGUAAUGAUGGCGAAGAAGAAAACAGGAAAAGUGAGCGCCGAGGUUGAGGCAGAGCCAAAGAAGAGAGCACGACGGCUUCCACCAAAUUCAAGUAACGGCAUCCCAACGCCGGUUGCUGUCGAUUUGGAGAGUGUGAAGUCGAAGGAUCAACCGAGUCAACUCGAACUUUCCCCUGUUGCAGAACUGAAGACCUAUCGGCGGUCCUCUCGGUCCAAUGUUGAAACUACCACCAGUGCGCCAACCCUUCCUAAACCAAUUCAGGAGCUGCCGAGAGGUAGGAAAAAGCUUCCUCGAGAUAAAAUUACAGAGUAGUGGUUUUGUUUUGUUUUGUUUUUUUUUUUUUUUUUCCUUCUUCUUUUUGCGAAAUUGAACGCGGCUAAAUGCUCCAUACCUUCGUCACCCUUCUCGAAAUCCACGGCUUGAUCCUUGGAUUACACUUAAGAUUUGUUCGAUUAUUAGCAAGACUUUCAUCUUUGGCAUGCAUUCAGAACGGAAUCUGGUGUUAGGGCUAAGAUUUUAGUAUCGUGGUGAACGUCAUCAGCGGCCCCACAGAUUUUUGUUCAUCUUGAGAAGAUUCUUGUUACACAACGCGCUUUAUAACGUCUGCUCUGUAAUGGAGACGGGCAAUGUGAACAAAUUUGGAUGAGAGCAUGUAAUAAUGAAAUUAGGCUCAGAAUCGUUCUUCUA